AUGUUGCCAUUUAGAUUAUUUACCACCAACCUAGGCUUAAAGAAUCAUUUCUUUAGUAACAGUAAUAUCUUAUCGCUAUCAUUAAAAAAUAUCAGACACCAAAAGGUGUCUUCUUUCAGUUCUAAUGUUCAAAUUUUACAAUCAAACUUCAUUCCCUUCCGUGGCUAUAUAAAGCGUACUGUGUACCAAGUGACCCUGAAUUCACCAUUUAGAAGAAGUACGACUUGGAAAAGUUAUAAUCAGUUUUAUAAUAGAUCGAACUGGGACAAAUUGAAAAAACCAUUCUUGUUCACUGUUGCAUUCUGUGUUGCCGCCACAUUGGUAUCACCAUAUUUGUUCAACUACACCCCGUUGGCUUAUUUUAAAAGAAACCCGCAAGCACUCCUUUGGUCUAUCAUUGGUAUAAACGGUGCUGUCUUUUUAAUGUGGAGGAUUCCACGCUUUCAAUGGUUCACAAUGAAAUACGGAAUCUUGUUCAAGGAUAAUAUUCAAUCUUCUUGGUCAUUGUUGGGAUCUGCAUUCUCCCACCAAAACUUUUUCCAUUUCUUUGUCAACAUGCUUGCAUUGCAAUCAUUUGGUUCUACUUUGAUUGCAUAUUUAGGUGUCUCCAAUUUCACCACAAUGUACUUAAAUUCUGCAGUUAUUUCAUCAUUUGCUUCCUUGGCCAUCCCAACUUUCUUGGGCUCAUCCUUAUCGGUUGCCUCAUUAGGUGCAUCUGGUGCUAUAUUCAGUGUCUUCGGUGUUUUCUCUUACCUUUUCCCAGGUGCUCCAGUUGGUUUCUUUUUCAUUCCGAUCCCUGGUGGCUCUUGGACCUUGUUUCUUGGAACCACGGUUUGGAAUGCAGUAGGUACUGUCUUAAGAUGGGGUACUUUUGACUAUGCGGCCCAUCUUGGUGGUAGUAUCAUCGGUUUGGCCUAUGGUUAUUGGUACAAUAGAAAGAGAAAGGAACAGAUCAAUAGAAGACGUGUUGUUAGAGGCUUUUAG